AUGGAGCCUUCAAAUGAAUUCAACGACGAAUUGAUGGACGACGAUGAAGCCGUCUCUUCCAGCCCUUUCACCCCAGCCCCGCUCCCCCAGCUCACCAACGAGGCCCAGACGAUCACAGAUUCCUGCCUGAGCCUUUCAAUACCGUUGCUUAGAGCUAUUCACGCCUGUGUACCUCGAGCACCUGCAAUUUCUCUGUCAAUCGGUAGCGGAACAGGUCUCGUCGAGGCCCUCUUGCAGUCCUUGCCCGAUCAGCCGUAUCCCAUCAACCUCGUCAGCGUCGAGGUCGCGCCGAGUCCGAAUAAGUACCACGCCCCUCACCGCACCGUCCCUGGAACCUGGGCUCUUGAUCCUCUUGCUUCGGAGGCUGGUGCCUGGUUAUUUGUGUAUCCGAAGCAGGUGGCGCUGGUAAAGGAGUACAUGGCGGCGUUGUUCGACAACGACGGCGGCGGCAGCCCGGAGACGGUGAUUUACAUAGGUCCUAGGAUGGAUUGGGACGAUUUCAAAGGUGCGUUUGAGAGGCCUGGUGUCGGGACCAUUGAGCUUUGGAGCGAGGAGAGGAUGGAGGAGGUUGGGGGGCGGGCGUGGGAGUGUGUUGCUGUGAUGAGGCGGGCUUCGGGGUGA